AUGUCAAGAUCUAUUAGCAUUCUAUAUGUGCUGGCAGCAGCCAACUUGGCUUCUUUAGUAGAUGGACAUGGAUAUAUGAACAUCCCCUCUAGUCGAACCAGCAUCGGCCAUUCAGUUGGCAUCGACACAUGUCCCGAAUGCACAAUUCUCGAGCCCGUCACCUCGUGGCCCGAUCUCAACACCGCACCAGUUGGACGCAGCGGUCCCUGCGGCUACAACGCUCGGGUCAGCGUUGACUACAAUUACCCCUCCACAAACUGGGGUAACACACCCGUCACCACCUACACAGCCGGCCAAACCGUCGAUGUACAAUGGUGCGUGGACCACAACGGCGACCACGGCGGCAUGUUCAGCUGGCGCAUCUGUCAAGACCAAUCCCUCGUGAACAAACUCAUCACUGCAGGCUACAUGCCCACGGCCGCCGAAAAACAAGCCGCGGAAGGUUGUUUCGACGCGGGCCUUCUCCCCUGUACCGAUGUGACCGGCGCCACCUGCGACUACAACGCCGAUUGCACGCCCGGACAAGCAUGUUAUCGCAACGACUGCUCUGCGCUCGGCUCCUGCUAUACUUCCAUCGCGGGCGGAUAUACCGUGACCAAGAAAGUCAAGAUCCCAAACUACGCGUCGAAUCACACGCUCAUUUCUCUGAAGUGGAAUUCCUUCCAGACGGGCCAGAUCUAUCUGACCUGUGCCGAUAUCGCCAUUGUUGGUUCUGGCAGCGGUGGAGGUAGCGGCAGCUCCCGAACUACCACGAGCAAAACAUCUUCCACCUCUACAUCCACCACCCUCAGCACAUCCACCAAACCUACCACCAGCGCCACCGCAAGCACAAGCACAAGCACAAGCCCAAGCAAAAGCACAACCUGCCCCUCCACCCCCACACUAAUCCCCAUAACCUUCACCACCCUCCGCACGACCACCUACGGGCAAACCAUUAAGAUCGCCGGCUCGGUCGACGCCCUCGGAAACUGGGAUGUUUCCGCCGCCGUCGCCCUCUCCGCCGCCAACUACACAGGUGCGCAUCCCGUGUGGACGGGAACCGUCUUGUUGCCGCCGGGUCAGGUGGUGCAGUACAAGUAUGUGAAUGUGGGGAGUGGGGGGACGCCGACGUGGGAAAGUGAUCCGAAUCGCGUGUUUGCGGUGCCGGCGGGUUGCGCGACGAAGGGGUCGGUGGGGGAUACUUGGAGAUAG